CUCAGCAUCCACUCCCGGUCAGAGGAUCGGAGGAUGAGUCCGCUGUCCGCCGCUCUGUGACGGAGGAGCCGCUGCAGACCGAACCGGACCCGGAGCGGAACCUUCCUCAGCCCGCGGUCAGCCAUGCCGUUGGUGAAGCGAAUUAUCGAACCGAGGUAUCUGUGCCGCGGCGCCCUGCCUGAUGGCGUCGCCAGCGAGCUGGAGUGCGUCACCAACAGCACCCUGGCUGCUGUGAUCAAACAGCUGGGCGGCCUCAGUCGCCAUGCAGAGGACAUCUUUAGUGAGCUGUUCACGGAGGCCAACAGUUUCUACCUGAGGAUGAACAGCCUGCAGGAGCGAGUGGACCUGCUGGCAGUGAAGGUCACACAGCUGGACUCCACCGUGGAGGAAGUGUCUCUGCAGGACAUCAACAUGCGGAAGGCCUUCAGGAGCAGCACCAUCCAGGACCAGCAGGUGGUGUCACGGAACUCCAUCCUCAACCCGGUGCUGGAAAUGUACCAACGCUGCGACAAACCACCACCCCUCAACAUCCUGACGCCCUACAGGGAUGAUAAGAAGGACGGCUUGAAGUUCUACACCGACCCGUCUUACUUCUUCAGCCUGUGGAAGGAAAAGAUGCUGCAGGCCACCGAGAACAAACGCAAAGAGAAGCGACGACAGAAGGAACAGAAGCAUGUGGAGGAGUCCUCAGGACGGGAGGUGAAGAAGGUGAGGAAAGCUCGUAACAGACGGCAGGAGUGGAACCUGAUGGCGUAUGACAAGGAGCUCCGCCCAGACGCUCGAGUGACACCGUCACCUUACCACACCUCUGACGGCUCAAUGUCACCGGACAGGUCAGGGAUGUCAGAUGACCCCUCCUUCCCCGCCAGCCCUCACCUUGACGCCCAGGCGCAUAAUGGGAAGGAUCAUGUCACUGCGGCAACAGGUCAGACUCAGUCGUUGGACCGCGCGCUCCGACCUGCCUCUGCCUCCUCUGCAGUCGCCACGACAACCGCCCGGCAGCACUCGCUGGGCCGCAACCAGCCGCAUCGCCACCACCACCCACCGGCCAAUCAGAACGGAGCAAGGACCAAUGCCACCAAGGAGGCCAAUGACCAUCAGAUCCCUCCGGCCCCCCCGCCACCCCCCCCUCUCAUGCCAUCAGCAGGUCAGAUGCCGUUCUCCAGCAUCUCCGCCCACACCGCCAUGGCAACACCGCUGCACCCUGCAGCCGCUCCUGGUAACUGCGGAAAUGGACAUUUGGUGGCGCUGGCGUACUCUCUCGCCCCUACAGCCCUCCCCUCCCCCCCCCCCCCAGCUAACUAUGUUCCCUCCCCCUCACGGCCUGGAGGCCAGGCUCCGCCCUCGGCUGCUGCCGCGCCCCCGUUGCCCCCGGUGACGGACAGCAGGAAGCCUCCCGGAGGCCCAAACGUGCCAGUGAACGACGCCCGCAGUGACCUGCUGGCUGCCAUCCGCAGAGGGAUCCAGCUCAGGAAGGUUCAGGAGCAGCGUGAGCAGGAGGAGGCCAAGAAACGGGAGCCUACAGGAAAUGAUGUCGCCACCAUCUUGUCGCGACGCAUCGCCGUGGAGUACAGCGAAUCAGAGGACGAGUCCGAACCCGAGGACCAGGAGUGGUCCGACUGAGGAGAGGAGGACGGUCCCAGUCUGAACAUAAAGACAGACCCCAGAUCAGUCCGGAUAGAUAAAACCAGAGGGACGAUACAAACUCCAGAAAAACUCCGUCUGGAAAAUAAAACUAGCUGUUUGUUGAUUAUUAUCAGUAAAUAUUAUCAGUUUGUGUCAUCAGUAUGUGUUUGUUAUUCUCAGCCUGCUGGAUGUGGUCCAACAUUUCAGACUGAUCCUGGUCCAGUUGUGACUGAAGAUCAGUUCCUGUCUGGACCUGCAGGACCUGCGGCUCGUGGAGGCGUUUAAUGUCCGUCUGUAACAUCGACUACAUACGGGAGAGGAUCGGGGCACACGUGGAACAUUUCUCACCUUUGGCCCCUGAUCCUCUCCUGUAACCACGAAUGAAUCUUACACGUGAUCUUUCCUCUAGCGCCACCACAACGACAGACUGCACAUGUUCACGCUGGAGAACCAAUAUUAUCUAGCUGCAGUACCAGAGGCUGCGGUUUCAGGACCCCCGCAGUCCUGGGACCGCAAUUCUAGAACAUCCAUAUAAUCAAUAACUAAUUUUAGACACACGCACGGUGAUGGUUGCGGUGAGGGUCAUUGGCUUCGGGGGGCUGUCAAGAGUAACAUAGCUAAGUAGCCAGUAUCAAAGUGAACAAGGGUCCUAGAAAUGCAGUUCCGCUCCUAGGAUUGGCGGGGCGUUCCUGCGGGGCGUUCCUGCGGGGCGUUCCUGCGAGGCGUUUCUGCGGGGCGUUUCUGCGGGGCGUUCCUGCGGGGCGUUCCUGCGAGGCGUUCCUGCGGGGCGUUCCUGCGGGGCGUUCCUGCGGGGCGUUCCUCCUAAAACAUCUUAUUGAUUUAUUUUGCAGCUCAAACAGAAAAUCUACAUUUCAUGUUUUUAAGACGUUUUUAUAUUUCAGCUUUUAAGUGAUCAAUGAUUGAUCGAUUUAUUGAUUGAUUUCGUGACGUGUUUCUAUUUAAUCUGUGAACGUGUUUCACCAUCUGAUUCAUUAGUUGCUAUGGUAACCAGAGGAGGUGUCCCAUGAUGCUUUGUGUGUGAGCAUAUGACCUGCGAUUCAUCGGUGUGACGUUAUGACAUCAUGGUAAGAUGACGACAUCAUCCCGUGAACGGCUGCUGUAACCCAUUUCUGAGAUGUCAUCGGGUGAUGAUGGGAAAGAAGAAAAAGGGGGCGUGUCCUUCCUGUCUCCUAUCAUCUGUGAUUGGUGGUAGAGAUGUAUUGAUUAUUGAUCCGUGUUCUCUGCUCUUUGAUCUGCAUGUUGGUGGAAAAACAAUGUGAUACUUCAAAAAGAGAAAACUUUAUUGACAAA